AUGUCGGUAAGAAGUACCUUCGGUGCUGUCACUGCCUUGUUGGCUUUCGGAACAGAUGCUGUCAAUAAUGGCCUAGCAAGGACGCCUCAAAUGGGGUGGGACAAUUGGAAUGCUUUAGGCUGUGAUGUUUCCGAGGAACUCCUUCUUCAAACGGCCGAUUUGAUUGUUGAUUAUGGCCUUAAAGACCUGGGAUACCAAUAUGUUAUUCUCGAUGACUGUUGGAGCAAUGGGCGAAACGCUAGUGACAACAAUACUCUUGUCGCGGACGCAACGAAAUUUCCUCAAGGAAUGAAAGCUGUAGCAGAUGCACUUCAUGACCUUGGUUUGGGAUUUGGAAUGUACUCAGAUGCAGGUGCAUAUACCUGCGGUGGAUACGCUGGAAGUCUAGGGUAUGAGACUGUUGACGCGAACUAUUUUGCUUCGGUGGGGAUUGAUUAUCUGAAAUAUGAUAAUUGCUACAAUACAGGACAGGCAGGAACUCAGUACUUAAGCUCGCAAAGAUACCAAGUGAUGGCAAAUGCACUCAAUGCUACUGGAAGACCUAUCCUAUACUCACUCUGUAAUUGGGGAGAAGACUCUCCAUGGAAUUGGGGUUCAACCACGGCGAAUAGCUGGAGAAUAUCCGGCGAUGUGUAUGAUUCUUGGGACAGGGCGGAUUCAAGAUGUCCCUGUGAUGGUCCUGAUGCAUUUAAUUGCGUUCUCCCCGGCUUCCAUUGCUCAAUUGUCAACAUUAUGAAUAAAGCUUCUUUCAUUGUGUCAAAGGCUCAACCCGGCGCAUGGAACGAUCUUGACAUGCUAGAGGUUGGCAACGGAGGAAUGACCGAUGCAGAAUAUGUAGCUCACUUCAGCAUGUGGUCAAUCGCAAAAAGCCCCCUCAUUCUCGGUAACGACCUUCGCAAAAUCCAACCCGCCGACUUGGCAAUUAUCUCCAACCCAGCCGUCAUAGCCGUAAACCAGGAUCCACAAGGAACCAGUGCCGCUCGCCGCUGGAUGUACACCGCCGACGCCACCAACGCCAAUAGCGUCGCGACAAUCCAAAUGUGGUCCGGCUCACUCCAAUCCACCACCAACAGUACCACAAGCGACAUGGUACUUCUGCUUAUAAACGGCGGUAGCGAAACCCUCACCAUGAACGCCACAUUAGCCGACAUAUUCAUCGAUUACGGCACCGCAGGCACCGCGCCGCAGGUCUCCAUGGAAUGGGAAUUGCGUGAUCUGUGGGAAAAUCGUAUGGACAAUACUACAGCUCAAGCGAUCGUGGGUGCCAGCACGGCGACGGGUAAUGCGACUACGGGAUAUAAUGCUACCACUGUUGGGGACGGCAGAUAUAAUGCUACGGAAAUGAGUUAUAAGGAUGGAUUGGCGGCGGGGAGAAGUGAGCUGUUGGGAAAUUUGACGGGGACUGUUAAGCCGAGUGGGACGGUGAUUGCGGAUGUGGAGGCGCAUGGAGUAAAAAUGUUUAGAAUGAGACCUUUGAAAACUGAUAAGGCUAUCAAGAAAUAUUACAGUGGUCAUGACCUUGAAGCUAUCUGA